AUGAAUGACUUCUUUCACUGCCGAAUAUAGUGUUUUUGUGCCCAAAAUCAUUUGGCCCCGGCCCAAUGUUUCCAACUGAAUCUCGAGAGCUGAAGACGACUGAAUCAGUGUGCGCAGGAAGGAGGUGAUAAUGUAUUCGGGUUCGGGCGACGGCGGGUCAGGGACGUCGAUGAUGGACGACUUUGAAACCCUGAUUUCAACGACGGACGCGGAGCUGUUGAAGCGAGUAUGGCGGAACGAAAAGGGUGCUCCAGAAAUCCUCCGGUAUGAGGCUGCUCUUGUCCAAAGAUCUCGCGAACAGAUCCAAUUGAUGGAGGAAACUGUGGAGGAUUACACUAAAAAUGGUGUUGAUCCACUCACUGUGUCUCUUUACCAGAUGGACCUGGACAGAACCAUGUUUCUAUUGAGAUCAUAUUUGAGAACUCGUCUCCAAAAGAUUGAGAAGUACGUGCUUCACAUCCAAAGAUCUGAUGAAUUAUGGAACCGUUUAUCAAAACAAGAACAAAGAUUUGCUCAGAGGUCUGCAGAAGAUAUACAGCAACAUUUAGAACAAUCAGUGCUCUCAAAGUUCCCUCCUGGUUUCAACUCUCACUUGAAGCAAUCUUCUUGCAGUGAGAAAGAUGACAUGGUCCCAGAACCACGUCCGAACCUUCACGUCAUCUGCAGGAGUAAGAGGGAUUUGGGAGCUUUUCAGCUGGAUGACAGAGGGGAAGAUAUUAUCCGCAUUGAAGCGGACGAUCUGUACGCCUUGCCUUACAAUUCGAUCAAGCCACUCGUUGAAAACGGACAGAUUGAUAUUGUAUGAGAGCACCAUCCAUCCCAGAGGAUAUGAAUACACACAGAGAGAGAGAGAGAGAGAGAGAGACCUCACGCUCAUCUUGGAUGUACAAUGUAACUUUAUUGGUAGGUGAAAGAAAGGAAUCAGCAGAUGCCAGUUUCAAGAACCCAAUUUGUAUUUGUAUGAUUUUUUUUUUCACCAAAGAUUUCUGUAAUUUCUAGUUUGUCACUAGUCUGUUAUUCAAGCUUUGCUCGAAUAAGUUCAUAAAAACUACUCCCAAAAUUCAAAAUCUCAAUUUGGAUUAUGGCUGUUGAUUAAAUUAAUUUCUCACUU